GAUUACCAUGGAGACCAGUUGUACACAGUUUUCCCUUCCCCUCUGUCCUGUCCCAAGGGAGCCCCACGGGGACCCGGGCAAGCUGGGCGCCCCAUGAACAUCGGGGCCCCAGAGACCCUGGCCGCGGGGAGAGUGAAAUUCUUCGGCCGGCACCGCGGAGAGGUCAACUCCUCCGCCUUCUCCCCCGACGGCCAGACGCUGCUCACAGCCUCAGAGGAUGGCUGUGUGUACGGCUGGGAGACCCAGAGCGGGCAGCUGCUGUGGAGGCUUGAUGGCCACACAGGGCCUGUGAAGUUCUGCCGAUUCUCCCCAGACGGCCGCCUCUUUGCCAGCACCUCCUGCGACUGCACCAUCCGCCUGUGGGAUGUAGCAGGAGCCAAGUGUCUGCAGGUCUUGAAAGGUCACCAACGGAGUGUGGAGACGGUCAGCUUCAGCCCUGACUCGAGGCAGCUAGCUUCAGGUGGCUGGGACAAGCAUGUGAUCAUCUGGGAGGCGCAGUCCGGCCAGAUGCUGCGCCUCUUAGCUGGGCACCGUGACUCCAUCCAGAGCAGUGACUUCUCACCCAGCGGGAACUGCCUGGCCACUGGCUCCUGGGACUCCACCAUACGCAUCUGGGACCUGCGGGCACUUACCCCAGCAGUCUUCCACCAAGAACUAGAGGGCCACAGUGGCAACAUCAGCUGCCUGUGCUACUCAGCGUCAGGCCUCCUGGCAUCUGGCUCCUGGGACAAGACUAUCCACAUCUGGAAACCCAUGACCAGCAGCCCGCUUGUCCAACUCAAAGGCCAUGUCACCUGGGUGAAGAGCAUAGCCUUCUCCCCAGACGAGCAGCAGCUGGCCAGUGGUGGCUACUCCCACUCGGUCAAAGUCUGGGACUGCAACACAGGAAAGUGCCUCAAGACCUUGAAGGGAAUCCUGGAUGUGGCCCACGCCUGUGCCUUCACCCGAGAUGGACGACUCUUAGUGUCUGGAGCUGCUGAUUAGACCAGAAGUCAAGCACCCUGCACGAACAAAUCACCCAGGACCCCUCAAAUGUACCACCACCACGGACAACCCUGUCCUACCAGCGCUACACAGGCGGAACCGUAACAGUGUCCAACAGGUCUCUGUGGCCAAGGCUGCCAAAGCCCCAAACCAGAGGAGCCAACAGCUGGGGCAGGACUCUUGCUCAGCCCCCAAUCCCCUCUCCAGCCCCAUCAGUGGAAAAAUCAAGCAAUGUCA